AAUUCAGUCAGUGUCAGACUGUGAUUAUCAUCUCACUCAGUUUAUUCAAAAUUUGAUUUCUAGCAGAUUAUAUUUUGCAGCUGAAAAUUGAACAAAUUAUAGAUUAGAUAGUUCAUUUCCGUGUUCGCCAAGCACAUCUUCAUGUUUUUACAUUCACAUUUGAUUAAAGUUCAGUUCUUGCUUCUUACUUUUGACAUGAGUUGACAUUUCCGUUAAAUCUCACUAGUAAAACGUGCCAUUAUUGGUAUACAGAGUUUAUAGCCGAAAUUCAUGCCUUUUUAAUACAUAAGAUUGUAAAUUUCAAAGUUGCAACAGUUUCAAUGACCUGCAUUCAAAGUUUGAUUUAUAUCCCAUUCGAUCAGUAAACAUUUGUAAUUUUUGCAGAAUGGGUUGUUUCAAACCAUUUUCUAAUUUCCUAUUUUGGUAUGAAACACCAAAAGUAGUACAUAUUCGAAGUAAAAAGGUUGGAAUACUAGGAAGAUUUCUGCAGCUGUGUGUCCUUUCAUACAUUGUUGGAUAUGUUAUGGUUUACAAUAAAGGUUAUCAAGAGUUUGCAAAUGUUGAAAGUGCAGUUGUAACUAAAGUAAAAGGUGUUGCAUUCACGAAUACCAACAAAAACAUUCCUGACAUCUACAGAAGAAUUUGGGAUACUUCUGACUUGAUUGUACCUCCAUCCGAAAAUGACGCAUUUUUCAUCACAACGAAUAUUAUCAUUACACCAAAUCAAACUAGAGGAGCCUGCAGUGAGGACCCAGAUGUGUAUGGAGCAUUAUGCGAUUCACCACAGAAUUGCAUAAGGGGGCAAUCUUUGCCGAUCGGAAAUGGAGCCAUGACUGGGCGUUGCAUUCCAAGUGAUGCUAACUCAAGUGUUAACGUCUGUGAAAUAUUUGCCUGGUGUCCUAUUGAACAAGAUAUUUUUCCUUUGGGAACAGAUCGCCCAUUGCUUGAAGAAACUGCCGAUUUUACUGUUUUGAUUAAAAACUUCAUCGAAUUUCCAACGUUUGGGAAAACAUUUCGUCGACGAAACAUCAUGGAAGAUGCUAACAAAACCUAUCUCCAGUCUUGUCAUUAUAAUCAAGAAAGAGAUCCCUUCUGCCCUGUGUUCCGAAUAGAAGAUAUAGUCUCGUUUGCGGGAGAAAAUUUUACACAACUAGCAAUCCGCGGGGGAGUUAUCGUCAUCUCCAUCGACUGGAAUUGCAAUCUUGAUUUAGAUUUUCUUGAAUUUUGCAAACCUAUUUACAGUUUCAGAAGAGCUGAUGAUCCAAAUACCAACAUCGCUCCUGGCUGGAAUUUUAGACACGCCAAUUAUCACGAAGAGAACCGGCGAACGCUAGUCAAAUCUUACGGUAUUCGCUUUGUUAUUGAGGUCCGAGGUCAGGGUAGGAAAUUUAACAUUCUUCCAACUAUGUUGAAUAUUGGAUCUGGACUAGCCCUUCUUGGAGUGACAACUGUGGUUUGCGACUUCAUCAUUUUAUAUUUUACCAAAAAGCGCAUGUUUUACAAAGGAGUAAAAUACUUGUUGGUUGACGGCGAAGAUCCAGAGAGAGCACCACUUCAAACGGAAGCGGGAAUGACAACUUAUGGGAGCAAUUGAAAUAAUAUGCCUUACCUAUUUUACAUUCCGAAUAAUUUUCACAUACUUUAAACAGAAGUUACUAUUCUUUUAAGCGAUCUAGUCAGAAAUUCAUGUUAUUUUUAGCUGAAUUCUAAUAUGAACCAAAUUUUUAAAACAUACCAGGAUACUAAUAUAAUCUUUUAAACUAAA